AUGGAACUUAUGCAGCUGAAGCAAGGUUCCUUGUCUAUGGCAGACUACACAAGCAAGUUUGAGGAGCUUUGUAGAUUCUUUAAGGUGUGCCUGGGUGCCCUAGAGACCUAUGAAAGCUGGAUAUGUAUCAAGUACCAAAGGGGUUUGAAGGACAACAUAAUGACUUCUGUGGCUCCUAUGGAGAUUCGUACCUUCUUUGAUUUAGUGAAUAAAGCAAUAGUGGUUGAAGAGUACGUGAAAACGGUAGCUUUGUCCAAGGAAACUCACGGAGGAAACACUAGUAAGGGACGUGGCAAGUAUUUUCAUCCGAGGGGUCAGAGUUUGAAGAAGGGAGGAUAUGUGCCUCAAGGGCAAAUUGGUUUAGGUGGUUGCUUCAACUGUGGAUUGCUUAGUCAUAUUGCAAGGGAUUGCACUCGUGGGAAGAACCCGAAUGCGGGUCAGAGUCAGCACCAAGGGCAAGUAUUUGCUGUGAACGCCAAGGAUGCUUCUAAGGUGGAUCCGUUGAUGAGAGGUAUAUGUCUAAUUGGUGAUAAAACCUUAGUUGCAUUAUAUGAUAUGUUAGCUUCGCAUUCGUUUAUUUCAUUUGCUAAAGUUGAGGAACUAGGCUUGAAAGUGUCAGAGUUAGCAUUUGAUCUACAUAUGAUUUUGGGGUUUGAUUGGUUGUCAAAUAAUCGAGUUUUGUUGGAUUGCUUUGAAUGGUCAAUUAAAUUUAUACCAGAAGGAGAAAAUGGAGCAGUUAUAGCUGAGGGGUAUUACCUGAACUCUGUAAUGGUGCAUUGUAGUGGGGAGGAGUGUCAAGGUUAUAUCUUGUUGGCUACUAAUGCUUUGGGUGAUGCCCAGAACUUAGAUCAGAUUUCAGUGGUUAGAGACUUUCUGGAGGUAUUCUCGGAGGAUAUUUCAGAGUUCCCACCUCAAAGAGAGAUUGAAUUUGCGAUUGAAUUGGUGCCGGGAGCCAGACCAGUGUCGAUUGCGCCGUAUAGAAUGGCUCCAAUAGAGCUGGCUGAAUUAAAGACUCUGUUGGAAGAGCUUCAGAAUAAGAGGUUCAUUCGACCGAGUGUAUCACCGUGGGGAGCGCCAGUUUUAUUGGUAAAAAAGAAGGAUGGUGGAAUGCAAUUGUGUGUGGAUUAUCGAAAGUUGAACAAAGUGAUUGUGAAGAACAAGUAUCCGCUGCCAAGGAUAGAUGACUUGAUGGAUCAAUUGCAAGGAGCUGGAGUAUUUUCCAAGAUUGAUUUGAGAUCUAGUUACCAUCAGAUAAGGGUGAAAGAGGAUGAUAUCCUUAAGACUGCAUUUAAGAUGUGCUAUGGACACUAUGAGUUUGCAGUGAUGUCCUUUCGGUUAACAAAUGCACCUGAUGUUUUCAUGGAUUACAUGAAUAGAGUCUUUCAUCCCUUUUUCGACAAAUUCGUGGUGGUUUUCAUAGAUGACAUCUUAGUUUAUUCUAAGACGGCGAAAGAGCAUGAGAAACACUUGAGGAUUGCAUUGCAAAUCUUAAAUGAGCAAAAGUUGUAUGCUAAGUUAUCCAAGUGCGAGUUCUGGAAGGAAAAAGUGAAGUUCCUAGGUCAUGUGGUAAGCAAAGGAGGAAUAGUAGUAGAUCCUUCGAAAGUGGAGGCCGUGAUGGAAUGGGAAAGACCAACAAUGGUGAUAGAAGUUAGAAGUUUCUUGGGCUUAGUCGGCUAUUACAGGAGAUUCAUGAUUUUCCCGGAUUGCACUACCAAUGACGAAGUUGACAAGGAAGGAGGUGCCUUUUGUGUGGACAUCGGAGUGUUAAGGUUGCGUGUUGAUGCAACACCGGAAUGUGGUGGCUUACGCAUCAUGUCAGCUAAGACCGCAUGA